AUGGACCAGGAUACCAAUUUGCAACACGAAGACCUGCUGAUCAGGUUGAGGGGAAAACUCAAUGAUGAGAAAAUAAAGCUAUGGGAGCCUCCUUAUGUGUUGCCGGAUAACUCCGUCUCUCAGAGCUUGCAGGAUCUAGCAAAAAAGUACGCAACAGAACUCUCACUAAACUACGACACAAUACUGACUGCUUUACACGAACUACAGUUGCACUCGCUGGACCGCUUCAAAGCCAAUGACCUAUUCAAGGAGACUGGUUAUGCUACUUUAAGGAUAAAAGCCACGUUGCCUGGAGAGCGCCCAAAGAUCAUGAAAGUGCAGAAGAAGUUGGAUAUGAUGGGCAGUGAGCUUAUACAAACUGUUGCUACGGAGAUAAAUGUUGAGGAGUCCAGAGUAAAGCUCAUCUUCAACGGCAAAGUGAUAAAGCCAACACCAAACUUAGAAGAGCAAGGUGUCAGGAACGGAGUACAAAUCAUGGCUCUUAUUAUGGCAGAAAACCCGGAGGAAGUAAAAAAGGAGGAUACAAUGUAUAUGGAAAUGAAAUCAACCAGGGACGACGCCAUGCUGCUUUCGGAGUGUAUCGACGAUGUAGCCGAGGACGACGAUUAUAUGAAGCUGGAGGACCAGGCGGGCAACACGGUGCAGCUGCCGCCCACCGAGCGGCGCUCGCUGCUGGUGGGGCUGGCGCUGCACGAGCGGGGCCGCGCCGCGCUCCGCCGGAAGCAGUACCCGCUGGCGCUGGUGCUGUACCUCGAGGCCGACCGCAUGUUCAACGAGUGCCGCUCGUCCCUCCUGAAGACCGUAGACAACUGGGCCCUGCUGCAGCUGGACAUCGCGUGGUGCUACCUGUGCCUGCAGAGCCUGCAGUCGGCCAACGACGCCGCCGCCCGCCUCGCCAGGGCCGAGGAGUCCUUCCGGGAGAGCUACGGCGAGAAUCACCAGAGGCUCAUAGCGCUCAAGGGCACUGCCGCGAACGAGCGCGUGCUGAUGAUGCGGCUGUACCUGCUGCAAGGCAUCGUGGCCUACCACCAGAACCAGCGCGCGGCGGCGCGGCAGCUGCUGGAGCGCGCGGAGGCGGAGCUGGGCGCGCUGCGCGUGGACGAGGCGGCGGCCGCGGCGCUGCUGGAGCUGGGCUGGUCGCCGGCGCAGGCGCGCGGCGGGCUGCGCGCGGCCCGGGGCGACGUGGACGCCGCGCACCACCUGCUGUGCGCGCGCCGGGACCAGCGCGACGAGGCGCGCCGCCAGCACGCCGAGGACAGGCAGGCGCGGCUGCUGGGCGUGUGCCUGGACGGGUCGGCCGUGAACGCGCGCCUGGUGGACGGGCUGGUGGCCAUGGGCUACGGCCGCCGCCUGGCCGUGCUGGCGCUGCGCAACGCCAACAACCACGUCUCCGACGCCGUGCGCCUCAUCCAGGACCAGCCCGACAUGUUGGUGGACAGCGAGCAAUCGUCAGAAGAAACAGAAACGCCCAGCUCCGACGACUCUGCCGUUGAACCGGACUCCAAAUUGCUUUCCGAGCUAGAAGCAAUGGGCUACGUGACGGAAGAAGCGAAAACAGCUCUUCGAGUGACCGGCAACCGGCUGCCCGAGGCCGCAGACCUCUUACUCGCCGGUGGGGGCCACGUCGCUGAAGCAAUGUCCAGCUCUAAGACGGCUUCAGAUAUUCCCCAAUCUGCUCUACCAAACGACAGUACAGACGCUGCGAAUCCUUCGACGAGUUCUGGCGCUCCACCGAAGCGUCGCAUCAAGCGCAAAGUUGAUAGCCGCAGGAGGAAAGCGCGUCAACAAGCCCUGGACCGCUUAUCAUCCGCCAUCGACCGCGACCGCGAAGAGGACGACCAUCUCGACACCUCCCUCGUCGAAGAAGAAGAGUUCCUAGUCCAAUACAAGUCACUGUUGUAAAUUCAAUCAUGGCAGGUAGGAUGUAGGGUUACCAAUAAUCCAUCAUGAAGUAUCAUAAGAUAAAUAUGCCAAAAUGCGUAGCUGUAAUAAAAACAAGUGUUACUAACAAAUUGCAUUUGGACCCGGUGCAGUUGUUUAUAAAACUACAUUCUACUAUAGUCUGUCUUUUUUGAAGAUUUUUGUAAAGUUUUGAAUAGUAAAAUUUUGCCAAAAAUGACUGCAUUGUGAAUGUUACGACGUUCUAAUGAUUACUAUUUGCGUUAUUUUACAACAACAAAGUUAAAAUACGUCUCCUAUUUGUAUUUUUUAUACAUAUAGUGUAUGUGUACAUGAAUUUUCAAAAAUUGUGUCAAUUCAAAUUAACGCGGCUCAGCAUUUGGACGAAUAAAAUGAGCCGUUGAUGAUUCAGAUGAAACAAAAGCGUAAUAACGUUCAGUCGAUAGUCGAUGGAAUAUUUAUCGAUUACAAUCACUACCUGCUUGCAAGCGGACAGCCCUUCUCUCGCAAUGAACUGUCAUUUUAGUCCAUCUUCAAAAAAGGCGGACUAUAUUAAAGCGAACAAUUUCAUGUGGAAUAAUGACUACAAGUUCAUUUCGGUGUCCAAAAGUAACUUGAUGUAAGUAUUACUAAAAAUUGUCAUUUCAACAUGUUUCAAAGCCUGGUUGUAAUUAAUUUUUGAUCAUACCUACUAUAGUACGUAAGAAUGGAACAAGUAAGCACAAAAAACCGCACUAAUUCCAUCAUGGAACUAGGCAAUGGAGCAAUUGCAAAUGAAACCGUAGUUUGGGCUAGGUUUACGGCUAAGAAAAAUUGCAGAUUUGAAAAAUUACAGUCAGAAUGAUGAGAUUACCACCACGAAUGUAUUUAUUGAGUAUAAUCUAUAAGGUAAAUGACUGAUUACUAACGGACAUCUCAGACAGGUUACCAGAAUAAUAACUAAAAAAUCCAAGGUAACUGACGGAGGGGAGG